UCACUCAAUACAAAUCCAGUGUCUUUUAGUGCAGCAUGCGACUGCUGUCCAAACAUUCCGCUAAAGUAUUAUGAACUGAGCUUGAGUGAUGAUGAAGUUACUCAAGGGAGUGUGUGUGUUUUUCAUUUGUGCAAUCACUUUCGCUCAGGAUAUUGAUAAGAAUCAAGAAAAUCAGGAAGAUGGAAGAGGACUUGAUAACUACAACCAGGAAUGGAGAGCAGUGGAUUAUUUUUCACCCACUUCUGAUAACUCCGGAUGGAUUCCACAUUCCGAAACCGAUGAAGAAGCAACCCCAAAACGUCGAAGAAUUCGGAAGCGCAAACGAAGACCCCCAGUAUUCAUUGAAGAUGACUGGCCUAAAAGAGCCAAGGAGCCUUGGGAAGAAAUGAGUGAGGAAAGUACCCAAAAGUCCAACAAUCGGAGACGACUUACCCCCGUGUAUGAAGAAACUGUGACUUUUGAAAAAAUUCGGGACCCGUUUACAGCAUUACAAGAAGCUGAGAAAAAACAGAAAACUAAACUGGAUGAAAGUUCAACGAAAAUGCCCGAUUUAAAGACGAUUCUGAAGCAAAGUGGAGGUUUGAGUUUGAGUGAAGUUUUACAACAGAGGAAUUUGUCACUUUCUGAAUUGUUAAAAGGGAAUCGGGAAGCGAUUUCUGCUCUUGCCAAAGAAGCUGAAACUACGACUGAAAAUUUCACAUAUAGGCGAUUGCCACCUUCGAUCGGUUUGAAGAAAGAUAUAAACCGGAAUUUUGAACGUGAAUCUUUUGAACAUUUAAGUUCAGAUGAAGUGAUUGAAGCUCAGAGGAGAAGAUUAGCUCUUUUACAUGGCCACAAGGAUAAUAAAGUUUCGCCUGUGGAUGUGGUUACACAAGAAAUGACCACGGAAGGUGUUACAACAAUUUCCUUCAGAGAGAAAAUGAGGAAAUUUUUGCCUGUGACUAGUGCGAAAUUGAGUAAACUCAUAUCUCAGUCACCUGAAGAAAUUGUAACAAAAAUACCAGACAAAGCAGUGAAUUCAAGUGUUGACGAAAUUUUGAGUGUUGUAGAGAAAAAUGAGUCAGAUGGUCCGUUAAAAAUGAGCAUAGACUUGGAAGAAAUGACAGUUAAAAAAACGACUGAAAACUUUGUUCCGGCACCCACAACUGAAAUAUCUUUUAAUAAAAAACUGAAAAAUGUGACCGCCAAAGAAGAAAUAAUGGAAAUUUUGCAGAAUCCAAUCGAACGUGAACACUUAUCCCGAAUUUUACGAUUACGAAAUAUGACAGUUGAGGAAUUGGUGCAACAGAGGGAACGAGGUUCGAGUCAGUUACAUUUGGCCGACAUUUUCCACAACAAAACCCGUGAGCCUGAACCACAUGAGGAGCCCCAUAUUGGGCAUAUUAAUCCAGAGAGUUUCUCCUAUUUCCGCAAACCCAAAACAAUCCCAGAAUCAAGUUCAGUUUUGCCUGAAACUACAAAACCGCCUUACACUAUCACUAGUUUUCCCACUUACAAAAUCGAAACCAACAAAAACGUCCUUCCUGUUUGGCGGCAACUUUACCCGGAUGUUUACCAAGAUAAUAAUCAGCUUGAUAAGAAAGAAAAACGGCCUACUACAACUACCGAGAAAUUAGAUUACGAAGAAUUAGAGAGACUGGAAGAGAUCGAGAACGCGUUAGCAGACGCGGCCAAUGGCCGGCUUAAAGUGGAAGUACCCCAAAACGUCUACGAAGAGGAAGAAUUCCUAAAAUUGCCAUCGGGGGUCAAGUCGGCGAUUUGGGCCAGUUUGGCCAUCAUCGGACUUUCUUUGCUCGUAUUUUUGACCAUUUUGCUGAUUUUCAAAUGGACGCAAAAACAAAAACGGAGACUGAAUUACAACGGCAGUUUUUUAAGUUCUAAAAUUAGAUCGCCGAUUUUAGAACCUGACCAAAGGCGGACGUUUAAGACGUUCGUGUGUGAGACUCUCGGAAAGAAGAAGAAGAAUUACUACAAAUCGCAUCUUCAGAGUAUGUCGGACUCGAUUUGGGAUAGCGAGAAGAAACCUUACAUGAUUUGAAUGUUUAAACUGUAUUUAUUGUUUUAUUUAUGUGAUUUUGUGUGCAAUAUUUAUUAAGACUUUGCCAAGUUUUUUCAUUGUUGUGUAUUUUUAAGUACUUGUAUGUUACAAAAUAAACACUUUUUUAGACAAUUA